UCUCUCUCUCUCUCUCUCUCUCUCUCUCUCUCUCUCUCUCUCUCUCUCUCUCUCUCUCUGUACCAAACUCUACGUCAUCAUCGUCGAAACAAGACCUUCCUGUUAAUUUUACCCUGGUGUCUCUGUCCUUGCCGUUUGCAGUCACUGACAGUUGAAGGUUUUUUUUUUCCUUUUCCUCUCAGAGUCCUUUUCUUUCUUUGUCGGGUGUAUAUAUAUACACAAACACAUAUAUUAUCAUGCCGAGCAGCUUCAAUACUAACCCAUUUAUGACUGAGCAAGAGGAUAACGAAAACAGACCUGAAAACGGCCCCGAAUCUCCUCCUUCCAAUACCUAUGGUGACGGGAAGAUUACUUCUGUUUUGUCUCCUAAAAGAAGUAGAAAAUCAAUUCAGAAAAGAGUAGUGUCAGUGCCAAUCAAAGAAGUUGAAGGAUCCCGCCUGAAGGGCGAAACAGCUCCACCGUCUGAUUCUUGGGCCUGGAGAAAGUACGGUCAGAAACCCAUCAAGGGCUCCCCAUAUCCCAGAGGAUAUUACAGAUGUAGCAGUUCAAAAGGUUGUCCGGCAAGAAAACAGGUGGAAAGAAGCCGUGUGGAUCCCACUAUGCUACUCAUCACGUACUCCUGCGAGCACAACCACCCUUGGCCUGCUUCUAGAAACAGCACCAGCAAGCAACCAGUCAAACCCGAAACAGCUCCCGUACCCGACCCAGAACCCGAUCCCGAUCCAGCAGAUUCCGAGAGAUCAGAACCGGAGGAGAAGUUCACGAAUCUGGGGGAGGAUUCACUGAUGGCCGCCACCACUCCAGGGGACGAGUUCACUUGGUUCAGCGAGAUGGAAACGACGUCGUCGACGGUGCUGGAGAGUCCCAUUUUCGCUGAGAGAACUUCCGGAGACGCUGACGUGGCGAUGUUUAUCCCGAUGAGGGAAGAAGAUGAAUCGCUGUUCGCCGAUCUAGACGAGCUGCCAGAGUGCUCCAUGGUGUUCCGGCACCGCAAUGUGGGGUCACAAGUUGAAAUCUGCUGACACGCGGCGUCAUCCGAUUCGCUCCUCUAAUAGAAAAAGUGCCAAAACGAUGUAGUACGCACCGUGCGCCUCAAGAUAACUCCCA